CGUCGAUCUCCUAUUCAAUACGUCCUAUUCAGGGUUGUGGUCCCUUUUCUUUGAUCUCGUCUUGCAUUUCCUCUUCCACAUGUGAAUAAGACAAUUUCUCCAUCGAGAAUACAACCCAAUGAGUUCAAUCAGUAAGGUUUCUCGCCUUGUUAGCUUCCAAGAUCCUAUAUAGUUGACAUUAUUCUUGCCCGUAUCAUAUCAAGACCAAGAAUCUCGACUCUAACAACUUUCAACCGACUCAAUUUCUGUCGUCGUUGCCGCUCUUGCAGCUACCAGUGUGCAGGCCGGAGUUUUACAGAAAUGGUGCGCACUGCCUGCUCAGGGCUGCUACAUGUUGAAACGUGCUGCCGACGCCAGUGGAGACGUUCGACGUUCUGCUGAGGCCCUUGCUGCGGCCAUGCCUGAUGCAGAAGCAUUAGCCAAGUGGUGUGCCUUGCCUGGUCAGGGAUGUCUCAAAGCUAAGCGGGCUGCUGAGGCUGUUGAAGACGCCAGACGUUCCGCCAAUGCCCUUGCAGAUGCUAUGGCAGAUCUUGAGGAGUAGGUCAUCAUUACUUCCUCCUUUCUGAUGCUUACAUCGUUUGAGCGCCCUUCGUUGAUGGCGCAUGCGCGGGCGAGGGAGACUAUAAAGGGGGGAGGGAAAAAAAUAUAAAAA